GCCCCGUCACGUGCCCGCGGUCCCUGCGGGGCGGGGCCGGCGUCUCUUGGUUGCCGUCACUUCCGGUUCUCUGUCAGUCGCGAGCGAGAGAGAAGGAGCGUGUUUGACCGCAGGAGCGGAGCGCAGCAAUGCCUAAAUCAAAGGAACUUGUUUCUUCAAGCUCUUCUGGCAGUGAUUCUGACAGUGAGGUUGACAAAAAGUUAAAGAGGAAAAAGCAAGUUGCUCCAGAAAAACCUGUAAAGAAGCAAAAGACUGGUGAAACUUCCAGAGCUCUGUCAUCUUCCAAACAGAGCAGCAGCAGCAGAGAUGACAACAUGUUUCAGAUUGGGAAAAUGCGGUACGUUAGUGUUCGGGACUUUAAAGGGAAAGUUCUAAUUGAUAUUAGAGAAUAUUGGAUGGACCCAGAAGGUGAAAUGAAGCCAGGAAGAAAAGGUAUUUCUUUAAAUCCGGAGCAGUGGAGCCAACUGAAGGAACAGAUUUCUGACAUUGAUGAUGCAGUAAGAAAACUGUAAAAUCCGAGCCAUAUUGAAUCUGUACUGUUCUUGUUUUAUUCUGUCUUUUUACAUUGGCUUUUGUUUUCUAAACAUUGUUCUCCAAGCUAUUGUAUGUUUGGAUUGCAGAACAAUUUGUAAGAUGAAUACUUUUUUUUAAAUGUGCUUUAUUAAAAAUGUUCUGAGUGAAACUAAUUGUCAACUUUAUUAAGGAAGUUUGCUUUGUGCCCACCACCUAGUGUAAAAUAAAAUCAAGUAACACAAUCCUAACUGUUGUGGCCUUUUUUGAUCUUAAGAGUUAAUACUGUUUAAGGCCAAAAGUAACAGUUUUUUAGACCUUUUAGUUUCAACUCAGCUUUUACAAUAAAAAGGAUUUGUAUUGCAUUGAGUUUAUGAACUUUUGGUUUGUGAAAUCCAUACUCGAUCUGUUCUUUUCCAGCCAAACAAUGUCUAGACUUGUUUGAUUUUUUCAUCCCAAUGAUAUUUCACUCUCUUACCUUUUUUUCCUUUAAUAACUUGAUCUCUUCUUCAUGUUCAGUGUUCAUUUCAUUCUACUCUUUUCCUUGAAUAUAUUAUGCUAAUUUGGAAAGUCAGUGAAACUGUCAAAAUGUUAUUUCAAUAAGGUACUUAAAAAUGUGAGAACUACAAUCACUAGAUUUACUGUAUUAAAUAUUAGCAGAUAGUUUGAUAAGCAACAUGGCUUAUAUGAAAACUGAGCAAGUGUAUGCCAUUACCAUAGUGUUCUGUGUAGUUAUUAUCUUAUUGCUUAGUCUACAGAAAAUAAUGACUUAGAUGAGAUGUCUGAUUUGCUUUCAGUUAUCAAAUAUGUUUACCAUGGGAUGAUGUCUAUUAAAUCAGAUAUUGUUAAACUAGACUAGGAUUAAUAAAAAUUGUGAAAGCUUACUGGUCUUACAUUUUAUUUAUAGCAAUGAGUAUGAAUUAUGGGUAGCCAGAAAUGUCAUUGAGCUUUACGGUCAUAGUAGGCAAUUUGGUUAGUUUGUAGGGGAAAGAACAUAUUGAGCAUAUACUUGGGUUUUUUGGCCUUUACUUCAGUAGACUUGGUUAUUUUGCAGUUGGUCUACUGGAGAAUGGCAUUCUAGACUUAAUGUUACUGAGUUUUCGCAGACACUCGUAAUGGUUUGCAUUUAACCAUAAUGGUGAUACAGACAGAUCGAGGCACAGAUUUCAGGGGCUUUGUAGCAAUAAAUAGGGCAUGGUGUGCCUUAGGAAAAGAAUGUUUGUGAAAGGAGCUAUACCUGACAUUCAAGAAGGAAGAGGAAAGAAUUCUCUUCUAACUAAAUGAUAUACCCAUGAUUGUUUGAGAUUUUUAGAACAUCAGUAGGACACAUUUCUAGAUAGAAUAGUAAAAAGAAAGAUAUAAAGACAUGUAAAAAAUUCUUAUUGACAAAUUAUUUUUGGUAGCAAAUCUCAGAUGGUUACUGCCAUUAAGGGCUGGGCCAUAUCAAAGUUUUGCACUAUUUUGCUACCAAGUUUGAUUCCUAUAAUCUAAAACAUUUUAUAGUAGAAUUGUCAAGGACUUAAUUUCAUAAUAAUCUGCCAGGCCACAUGGUUAUCGAUUUUUUUUUUUUCUGGCAGCUUUUCUGUUGUAUUUUUUUUUUCUUUUCAUUUUUUUAGGUGUCUUUAUUAGUAUAUUUAGCAGUAACCUUAAGAUGUGCAAAUUGGUAAAAAUGAAUCUCUCUUGUAGUUUUAGCCUUUAUCAAAUAAUAGGUACUAGUGUUCAAAAUAAUGUAUUUUAUUUUAUUUUUUCCAGCCCUCCAAACCAGAAUAGAUGCAUAUUUUAACACAUCAUGCUUGUUUGAUAACUUGCAUCCUUUAUUCUGAAGCAAAUGUUUGUGUCCUAUUAACUUAAUUGGAUAGAUUUGUAAAGUAUUAUUUUUGGCACACAGAAAGGGUAGUUAGAAUACAGAACUUGAUUUUGGUGAAGGUGAAGAGGGAAUGAUGAGUAAAUUUUCUAGGUUUAUGUGAAUUUAGGGAGUGUAUGCAUUUUGAAACAAUCUGCUAACAUAGAGAUGGUGCUGAAAUCUAUUACCUAGGCAUUUUCUAGCUGUUUAGCACUAUGUUAAUAAAGCUUUCCUAUAAGGAGUGUUUCUCUGGCACAGUUGCUAAGUUGACUGCUAAAUUCAACUAAAUGUGUUACUGGAUAUGCUGUAUACUGAAAUUAUCAUUUGUGUAUGUAUAGCAAAGGAUGAGAACUGGGUUAAAAGAAGAAACACAUUAACUUGUACUGAAAAGAAAGGAUAGAGUACUUUUAUUUUCUGUCUUAAUUUUAUCUCCUUAGCAUGAUUUUUCCCAGGCAGAAAACUUGGCAUUUUGAGAGAUAGAUAUUUACCUUGUAAUGCCAAAAUGAAUUUAAUUAAUGCCAGUACUCAGGUUUUGUCCUUUAAUAGACUCUGUAUCGGGGCUUUCUAAUGGAUUUUUCUUCUUUGCUUUUGAAGUAUUAGUAACAUUUAACUAACAUUUUAUUUAAAGAACAACUACUAAAAAACAACUUUUUAUAAUUUGAUUACUCUAUUUUGCUGUGCUUUAUCAAUACCUAAGAACUUAUUUUGAAGAAUGUUCCUACCUCAUUAGCUAGUCAAGAUGUUUGAUGAUCAAUCUAUUCCACAUAAUGUGUUUAGAAACAAGGACUUGGGGGAACGAAAGAACAAAAGGAAGUAUAUCCUGGCUUGGCUAUUGAGGGGAAAAGAGAAAGAGUUGAGUAUAUGUAUUCCUGACAGGUAUGAUAGGAGAGUACUAUAAAAGUCUGCAAUUUUUAAAAAGUGCUGACUAAUAUUUAGAUAUCUCUUCUGAAAUUCUUUCCAAUUCACUUUUUAUGGAAAUUAAUCCAGUGAAACACUCAAAAGUUUGUUGUUUUUUUUUUAAAAUGGUGUUUUUCCAGGUAAACUCUAGGGUAAACAUUCACAUAGUCACAAAUAUGUAAUUCUGUAAUUGUGGAAUGCCUGUAUGCUUUGUUUGGUACAUCUUCCUUGGAGAUGUCUGAUUAUAAUACUUCAUCUGUGAAUAUUUUAAAUGUUGAAAUAAAAAUAAGAAAUGUG